AUGGACCAAACCAAUUUUGGAAAGCUUACUUCCCUGCACUUCCAUGCAUGGUCCAGGGGUCUGAAAACUGGUAUGUACUAUCUAAGAUCACGUGCUGCUGCUGAUGCCAUCAAGUUUACUGUUGAUACAACCAUGCUCAAGGAAAAGAUCAAUAUUGCAGAUGACGGUGAUGAUAAUACCAAAAUGUCACAGAUGGUAAGCUCUCUAACAAACCGUGAAGAGUGCAUGGCUUGUGGAAGCUAGAUAUCCCUACAGAUAAUUGCAAAAUGUACCACUUUGGUCAAGGUUUUUAACCCUGCUUGUGGAAGGGGCAAGUUUGGGAUUCUUAACUGUGACAUGCAAUGCCUUCUUGUGAUGCGGGUUAAAAAAGCGAUAUGGUCACUUGUUCAAUUAUGAAGCUGAACUGACUUCUAGGUUCUCUCUCUGUAUAGGUGUAAGUAUUAUUAGUGGUUUCUACUGAAUUUUUUUGGUACUUGUUUCAUGGAUCCUGAUGUAACUCGUUUUUUAAUAGUGGCGACAAAUGAAAAUUCGGUUGAUUCCAGUAAAUGCAGUAUGA